AUGAUGGAUACAAAAAAGUGCCCGAUAGUGCUGAUCACGGUUAUCAUUCUCCUAAGACCAGUCAUUGCUGCUUCUUCCGAUGGUGAUGAGUUUUCAAAUAAUUUGAUCUCAGAUUUAGCUCCUUUGCUCUCGCUCUUCGGCGAACAGGUCACCAAACAAUUCAUGAGCCAGUCGAUGGGCUGGGCUGAUCAUUUCAUUUUUGCCAUGGUCCCACUGGGAGUAAUUACAGCCAUAACUGGCGCCAUACGAGUUGGAGGCCCUGGAUGGCUGAAAGCAAUUAUCGGACGGGCUCGGGAGAACAUAGCUGCCGCUGAGGUAGAGCUGAUGUCCUCUACUUCGCACGAGGUUGGGGAGCUCUGGAAUGGCCAACAAAUCGUGAGAACAAUGGGCAUGCCACCGGUAAAAGAUAUUCUAUUUUUAUCGCAAGGAGGCAAAUAUGGUUUGCUUUCUUCAAUAGAGAAAGCUCUUGACGAGAAACAUCUCAUCGAGAUUGGUCGGUUCGAUAUCCAGGAAGAUAACGCACCUGUGGCAGAAGGCCAUCACGGAGCUGGGCAUCGAGCAGGUCAAGCCAAUAAUUCGGAGAAUCCCGUACAAAGGCCUCGGCCGACACAAAAGCCUCGAUCGUCUCUAGAAAACUCCCCUGCCCCCAACAUCAGCCUUAAUCUUCACAACCAUGUUCGUAGGACCGAGAUUCGAGUUGUGGCAGCCAUCGCGAUAGUUAUUCAGGCCUGCAUCGUUAUUUACGCCGGGUUUGCUACCUACCAUCCGAAGUUACGAUAUAAGAAAGGCGACUCUACUGUUCAGACCUAUGCAUUUCCUGUGAUGUGUUCGGGAACGGUAAUCAUCUCGAUAGGCCUACUCAUAUGUGCGCAUGUGAUAGAGGAUAGUACUACUGAGAGAAGGUACGAAGUACUGAAACGGGAAGACGAGGGAGCCAUCGAGGUUCGCGGUCUAUGGUUGCAGAAGGGUGAGAGAGUAGCCGACCAAUCUUUCGAAUCCUUCGCGAUAUUCUCAAAAGGGGUACGGGAAACAAUUACAACAUCUGAGCGGAAAAAUGGAUGGGGUGAUACGCUGGAGAAGAAAAACAAGGCAACAUUAAAGAGUCAGCCAAAGAUGUCGAAUUCAUACGAUAUAUACCCUUUUACUGGUUUUAUCGCGACUACGGGGUCAAUAAUAUCGCUCUGUGGAUUCAUUCUCCAGUUUACCGGUCUCCGUGCAUUACACUGGUCGGUCUCUCUUGCCCAGCUGGGUGGAAUGUUAGCUAUGACUGCCUUGAGGGCCUAUGUCCGCCGAGGCCUGACCCGAAGGCCAGUUGUACAAAGCCUCCCAAAGGGUUUCGAAAUUGAUUGGCUGGCAACAAGAAGCUCAGCACUACACGCCAACUGGCCAAAAGAUCGUCAUUCAGAAUCAUCUAAACCCCCGUCACUGAGGAAGAAGCAAGAAGUUGAUGAUGACCACUUUUGGUCGGAAGGAUUCUGGAAUCCCCCGUGGCACACGACAGCCCCGCUCGACCCCCAAAAUUUUGAUGAAAUAAAAAAAGCACGAAUGCGACUCCACAUCCUCACAGGAUGGCGUAGUAGUGUGUUUGCGGAAGCUAAAGCCCUUGCAUGUGCCAUCGAUGUUGUUUUGAACUCUCUCUCACGCUCCCUUCAGGGCUCACCCCAAGGCUCAAUGUCCACUUGGUCGCUAUCUAUCCAGUCCUUCGGUAAUCAGCAGGUCAUCAUCAACGCUACACAGAACGGAGAGGGGAAGUGGGAAACGGAUAUCGAUGAGAUUGAUUCUGUAUUAUCUUUAUGGGUGUACGAUGCCAUGCAAAUCCCGGAAAGGGGGGAUUUAAGAGGAGGUAUCACUCGCUCUAGGCUGGGGGAUAGCGAUGGUAGUACUAGUGUGGCAGGUUCAGGGAACAAGGGUAUAUGGCUCCUGGGACCGGAUGAGGCUGCCUUGCGUCGAGAUUUGAAGUGGUGGUCCGAUGACACAGUGGUGGCCUCACUCGUCCUUGCACGUGAGGAGCGUUUCAUACGCUGGGGCGCCGGUGAAAACCAGGAUUCUACGAGGAUCACAAUUGAAGCUCAGAGAAUCUUAGGCUGCGGAAGUAUAAAAGACCCCCGGCGCCCAGCAGGCUUUGUUAUCAGCGAUAUUGGAGAGAAGCCCCAAAAUGAGGACGGUCUAAAAUAUCAAUUGGCGGUCUUGUCUAGCGCACCACUGGCAUUACUCGGCGCACAAAAGAUUCUUUCAGAGUUUAUGAAGGUAGUCGCGACGAGAUUGACAAUUCCUAUCCAAGGAAAAUCAUCUUCAUUUACUCUACAAAACACCAAACUGGUCAAACUGGUUCAAGAUGUUCAAAAAACUGGAAUAGGGUCAUUGCACGAAGUUUACCUAUGUAUUAUUCCUCCACUUAGUGCUAGUGAAAGACUUCCGGACGCAAGUGCAGUAAUCGAAUUUGCAAGGCAACGAUCGGAACAGUACGAGUUACAUGGCCAGUGGGAUAGGUCUGCGGAUAUCCAUAUAUGGCUCUUUCGGACGGGCCAAUCCUUCACUUCCUCCAACAUCUUUGCUCGCAAGACCACCGCAACCGUGAUGGUAUUUUUCAGAUCAGCUUUGAUAGAGGAAGAGAACUCGGCGGACCAUGAUAUACGUAUGGUAACAGACGGGUCCACUACCCGGGAUGCUUCUCGCGCAGUGACCAAACUCCGUCAAGAACUCAAAGGUCAUGAAUUGGGGUAUAGCCUCAACGUCUUGAAACUAUUCUUGUUGCAAAGAAAAACAAAUAGUCGUGGCCGUAAUGCUCCCCUGGAUUGGGCACCUCUGAGCCUGGAACACGGGCAACCUGUUGACGUGAGCGAUCAAUCAUUUAAGGAUUCCAUCCGAUUUACAAAACUUCAUAACCUGUGCUUCUUCGAACCCCCCUCAGAUAGCAACCCGGUAGAUGAUCAAAUUAGAUCCCCGGAUAUUCUUGGCCUUUCGCCGGUCCAUUAUGCCGCCAGCCCUAUGGCAAGUGACCACUACCCUGGAGACAAAACGUAUGUUUCGGUCCUACUGGGAGCUGGGGCGGAUGGAAAUGCUAAGGAUCUGGCGGGGUGGACGCCGUUACAUUACAAUUGCUUGUUGGGCGGCGCAGCACAAUUCCGAGAGCUCAUGAGCGAGGGUCUAGAUAUAGAGACACGUGCAAGGGAUGGCACGACACUUCUUCAUUGUGCAGCUAUAGGCAACAAUCCCACCGCAGCCAGACGUCUCAUCGAGGCGGGGGUAAAUAUCAAAGCACGAGAUUCGUCUCGAAGUACUCCCCUGCACUGGGCCGCGUAUUAUGGAAACCUUGGAGUCCUCAAUGUUCUAGUCCAGGCCGGGGGGGUGAAGGAGCGUAACAACGACGGAAGGACACCCGCUCAUCUCGCUGCUCUGGGCGGACACGUUGACGCUCUCAAAGUCAUCUUGGGCGAAGUUAGCUCAAUGGAGGAUAAAGAUAGGUCCGGAUUCACGAUACUACACUUCGCUGCUGCAAAAGGUCACGCACGACUGAUAGAGUUUCUUGUCGGGGCGGAGGAAGUAACGGAUAUCAAAGUGGUAGAAGGAGCCCCCCCCGAGAACUCGAGCAGCAGUGCUCGUAAUGCUAAUAUGAACACUCUCCCCACUCGACGGACAUCCAACAUAGAGGCAGCGGACGCGAAAGGUUUCCGGCCGCUUCAUUGGGCUGCCAACGCAUAUCUUGGAGAUGCCGCAGGCCGUAUUCUUGUUGCUCAGGGCGCCGACAUACACGCGACUGAUGAGGGCGGCAGGACUCCGUUAGAUAUUUGCGCUCUCUCGGGAAACGCGGAACUCGCCCGAUAUCUGAAAUCGAAAGGUGCGAGAAUUGAUGCAUCUAGUGACGCCACCGGUGAAGCCUUGCGCCAUGUAGCCAGAACCGGGGACCUACAAACGUUAAAGGCCCUUUUCAACAAUCAAGGGCGUCCGGGUGAUCAUUUAUUCCAUCGCUCAAUCGAGGCCGGAAAUCUUGAUUCUAUUCGAUUCCUAAUUUUGGAACAUGCCAACAUGGCCGCUUCUGAUUCUGAUCCUGAAGGCGCAACGGCAUUGCAUAUCGCAGCAGGCGCAAAAGAAUGUCCUGAAAUUGUUGUUCGACUUCUUGCCGAUCAUGAGGCUGAUUUGAAUGCCAGAGACAGGUCUGGGCAAGCGGUGGUGCACAAGGCAGUAAGACUGGGUCACUACGACUUGGUGAAGUUUUUGAUCGACAAAAAGGUAGAUUUAAACGCGAAGGAUCGAGAUGGAGAUACAGCUCUGCAUACUGCAGUUAGCAGAGGGAGUUCCAAAAUGCUUAAGCUUCUUGCCGAGGGUGGGGCCGAUGUAAAUCUCUGUAACAACGAUGGACGAACGGCGCUGCAUGAUACCGCAAGGCUCUAUAAGCCCAAAUUAAUGGCUAUCCUGGUCGGCAUUAAGGGAGCAGAUAUCAACGUGCAAGAUGUGAGCGGGAUGACAGCCUUGCACCACAUAGCAUCUUUGAGACAGCGCGGAAGACUCUCCCGCGCAAUUGCACUUCUUAUCAAGAAGGGGGCCAAUACGGAUCUCAAAGAUAAAUAUGACUCGACGCCAAUUCAUACCGCAGCACUAUACGGAGAAAGUGAUUCCCUGUAUACCAUGAUCGACAAAGGAGCGGACUUGAAAGCGAAGGAUAAACAUGGAUGGACAGUCAUGCACAUCGCAGCCCUAAAGCAUGAUUCUAACAUGAUUGGGUAUCUUGUCGAUCGUGGCGCCAGCAUAAAUACAAAAGACAAGCGUGGAAAAAGGGCGAUCCAUUGUACAGUUACCCACAACCUCGAUUGCGAUGCAAGGACCAUCUGGAGAUCAGUAAACGCCUUGAUUGUCGAAGGUGCGGAUAUAAAUGCGCAGGAUUCCUAUGGGCGGACCGUCCUGAAUCUUGCGCUUAUAACCCGUCCCAUAAAUAUCAACCACCUUGUACGCAUGCUCAUUCUCAACAGUGCAGCGGAUGUUAAGAUCACAGAUAAACUUAAGCGUACAAUUUUGCAUUACUCAAGCUUUAUGAUUGAGAACUCCUUGGUUAAGAUUUUCAUAGCCCAAGGGGCGGAUCUAAACGCUUUGGAUAAAAGGGGGUAUACCGCCCUGCACUUCGCUUGUUUUGAGGGAGAUCCUGAUUUUGUUCGUUUCCUCAUCGAUGAAGGGGCAGACGUGAACGCGAGGAUUGGUUGUUGGACCGCACUGCAUCUAGUGAUCCUUUCAUCCCUUACUCGCCAUAGGAAAGAAGAUUGUGGGGAAAUAGCGUUUACACUCAUUGAAAAAGGAGUGGAUAGGAGCGUUAAAGACCAAGACGGACGUACGGCACAUGAUAUGGCAGCUAUUUUGGGAGAGAGAGAUUUGCUACGCGCCCUUGAUUCAGACUCAGAAUUGCCGGAUAUCCCUUUGGGAAGCAAUGAAGGAGUUGGUGAGAUCGCCGAUGAACAGCCCGUCGUCGAUGGGCAAGAUAUUCCUUUGGGAAGCGGUGAAGGUCUCAGUGAGAGUGCCGAUAAACAGGUCGUCGCUGAUAGGGAAGAUACCUCCCUGAAAGGCAAUAAAGAUGUUAGUGAGUUCGCCGAUGAACAGGUCAGCGUUGUUGGGAAGGAUAUUCCUUUAGGGGGAGAUGAAGUUGUUAAUGAGAGCCCCGAUGAACAGCUCUUCGGUGAUGGGGAAGAUACCUCCCCUGAAAGCAAUGAAGUUGUCAUUGAGAGCACCAAUAAACAAAUCGUCGUUGAUAGGCGAAGCGGUGAAGGUGUCAGUGAGAUCGCCGAUGAACAGGUCGUUGGUGAUGGGGGAGAUAUUCCUUUGGGAAGAGAUGAAGUUGUCAGUGAGAGCGCCGAUAAACAGGUCGUCGUUGAUGGGCGAAGCGAUGAAGGUGUCAGUGCGAGCACCAGCGGCGGUCUCAGUGAGAGCACUGACGGCGGUGUCGGCGAGAGCACCGACGGCGAUGUCGGUGAGAGCACCCGUGAAGGUUUCAGUGAGAGCCCCGAUAAACAGAUCGUCGUUGAUGGGCGAAGCGAUGAAGGUGCCAGUGGGAGCACCGGCGGCGGUCUCAGUGAGAGCACCGACGGCGAUGUCGGUGAGAGCACCCAUGAAAGUGUCAGCGAGAGCCCCGAUAAACAGAUCGUCGUUGAUGGGAGAAGCGGUGAAGGUGUCGGAGAGAGCACCGAUGAACAGAUCGUCGGUGAUGCGGAAGAUAUCGAUGGACAGGAGGCCAUCUCUGGGGAGGAUAUUACUUUGGGAAGAGAGGUUGUGAGUGGGAGCGGCGAUGAACAGGUCACGAUAGUUGGGAAAGAUAAGAAGAAGCUCAUAAAAGCCGCGAAUGAGAUCUUUGCUCAUAUACGUAAAUAUAGGGAAAAGAAAGAUAUCGAUGUUGUAUAA